GACUCAAAGAUCUCUUCCAUGGAGCGUGGACUUCGAGAUUUGGAAGAAGAGAUCCAGAUGUUGAAAUCAAAUGGAGCACUCAGUACAGAGGAACGUGAGGAAGAAAUGAAGCAAAUGGAAGUGUAUCGUAGCCAUUCCAAAUUCAUGAAGAAUAAGGUAGAACAACUGAAGGAAGAGCUAAAUGCCAAAGAGGCUCAAGGGGAAGAGCUGAAAAAGAAAGUGACUGGUCUUCAGACUGAGGUCUCUGCCGUAAGACUGACUUCUCUGUGUGCAGUGCCACUCACUUGGGCUCUGCUAGCUUUCUUGGGUAGUUCACUUUGCUUAACUUAUACUCUGCAGCUAUAAGGAGCAAUAAAACUAACUGCUCUGUAUCUGUCCUUUGUUUGCAUCUGGUUAUUCACAAAUGUUAGUUCACAAUUGAUUUUAGAUUCUUAAGGAGUUCUU